AUGAAACCUAUAAAUUGGACUUAAUUCCUUGACUUAUUAGGUGAAUCUAAGUUGUUAGAGUUAAAUGAAGAUCAUCUAUAGUAGAUUGUGAAGUUGCCAAAAGCAAAAAUGUCAUUUUAACAAUUAGAACAUUAUUUAAGCAAUGAAUUUUAAUCGUAUUUAUCACAUUUAAAGAAAAUCAUAGAACAAAAAAAGUGGAUCGUAGUAAGUGGCAUUAAAAGGAUAAAUAUUUACUAAUUUGGUGCGUUGUUAAACUAGCUGAAUUGAGACAAAUAAAAUUCAAUGAAUUGGUAUAUAUGAAGCCGAAAUUUAUAUUUUAGCAUCAAAAAGGGGUUUUUGAAGAGUUAGCAAGUAUAUUAGAACUUCCUGAAUAGUUUCUUUUAGUUAAAUGGAUGAGUUUAUUAAAACAAAAUUUAAAAGAAAUUCCUUGGACAUAAGAAGAAGAUGAAAUAUUAAUUGAAUUAAGAAAGUAUUAAUAAUUAAUAAUAAUAGGAAAUAUCCAAACAAUGAUUGGACAAUAAUUGCUGAAGAAUUUAUUAGUAUCACAAAAAAUUUAAGAUAUCAAAAGUAAAUACGGGAACGAUACAACAAUGUCAUUAAUCCUUAAAUCAAUAAGUAAUACUUAUCUAUAUACUAAAGAAAGCCAUUUACUGAUUAAGAAAAAUAACAUAUAAUGAUUAAGGCUUACUAAAUGAAGAAAAAUUGGGCUGGUAUCUCAAAAUAAAUGCCUGGAAGAACUGAUAAUAAAAUUAAAAAUUGUUAUAAUUCUAUUGUCAAGAAAAUUGCUAAAAAAAUACAUUUAGUAUAUAUAAAAUGUAUCUUAGGAUAAGCUGGAUCUAAAAUAAGAGUAAUUAAUCUUAAAAUAUAUAUAAAAGUACAAUACUUACAAUCCUGAUUUCCUAGCAAAUCAGAUAGAAAUUGAUCAUAGAAAGUUAAGUCAUAUUAAAGUUGAACAUGUCAAUGAAAACUCCAAUACUUCUGAUCAUCAAAUUUUUAUUCCUCAUGUUAUUCCAAGGCAUUAAACAGUUAUUCCAAGUGUUUAACCAAUGCCAUUACUCUAUAAUCCUUACUAUUAGAACUAUUAAUAACAUCGCUAUUUUGGUUAUCCAGUUAUUUUUUUUUAAUCCAACGCUGCAAUGCAAUCCUGA